AUGUCACAGUCUACAGUCCAUUCAAAAACGCCAGCGACAGUGCGAUCGUUGUCAUCUCCUGACGAGUUGGAGAAGAUGGCAACAAAUGGCUUCAAACUGUCGAUAACCAAGAUGAACGUGCUGAGAGGAAACUUUCAAGUGUCGCCAUGGCAUGGAACGGUGUCGCUUGUCACGCCCACGGCGAUGCUACCACCGCCUUAUUUUCGAGGAGCGCUGGACUCCCCAGAAAAGCGACGUGCGCAUUCUAAGACGAUUAGCUCGUUUGCGCAGUCGGUGCCGUUCUCAUUCCCAAACGAUUUUUCGACUGACAGAUGA